UGAAAAUUUUAGGAGCCAUUGUUAAUUUCAAUUGACCCAUUCCAAUCCCCAGCAACGUAAACAUGCGGAAGGAAAGGCACGUAAAACUUGUCAUGCAGCGGUGUAGAGGUUGGACCCAUCCCAGCAACGUCAACCUGCAAAAGGAAAGGGCAGUCCGCCUGUCCUUCACAUUCGAAGGUCACGGAGAUCAUUACGUAAAACGUGUCAUGCAGUGGUGUAGAGGUUGGGUGAGGACGAAACGUGUUUCAUCAUUUUCAAGCAGGAGAGAGAAAAGGCCAAGGAAAAUCAGUCGAGGGAGCAUCUCCGACACGGCAACAACUGCUGCGCACUGUCUGUCAACAUCUGCCAUCUUCACCGUAUUGCCAGUUCGCAUCCAUGGUAAACUAUGGCGUCGUGCUGCUGUUGUGUGUUGUAUCGUUGAUGGCUGGGUCGACCACUGGUGUACCGAUGUCUUCUUGGUAUGGCGGAUACCAAACCGCAACGCAGCCGCCUUACUACCCAAAAGCAACUUACGAAACGACCAGUUACUGCACCGAGGUCUCCAAGUACUACACCACUAAAGCACCGGAGUUUUAUACCACAACUUAUGCUGCCCCGAGCCA